CUCAUACGUCCUGUGGUGGAUAAUUACGGACACAAAAGCUUGCGACAUUUUUUAAUGCGUGGCCACCGGUCACUCUGGUCACACUAAUUACCUAUCGACAUAACGCGCGCUCGUCAUUCGUGAAAAAUCGGCGACGCUCGACGUUUGUGUUCAAUUCGAGUCCGUGUUAACACAUUAAUUAACCACAUAAUCCAUAAUGGGCGUUCCUGCUGGUGAUGUUGAGAAGGGCAAGAAGCUGUUCGUGCAGCGCUGCGCCCAGUGCCACACCGUUGAGGCUGGUGGCAAGCACAAGGUUGGACCCAAUCUGCAUGGUCUGAUCGGUCGCAAGACCGGACAGGCGGCCGGUUUCGCGUACACGGACGCCAACAAGGCCAAGGGCAUCACCUGGAACGAGGACACCCUGUUCGAGUACCUGGAGAACCCCAAGAAGUACAUCCCCGGCACCAAGAUGAUCUUCGCCGGUCUGAAGAAGCCCAACGAGCGCGGCGAUCUGAUCGCCUACCUGAAGUCGGCCACCAAGUAAUGGUGCUGUCCAUCAACUCACCCACAACCACUGCAGGAUGUAAAACUGUAUUAUUGUGUUCAGUCACAGUCCGGCAAGCAAAUGCAGCAGCAGCAACAACUACAACUACAAAUCAACAUAGUACAGACCUAAAGAACUACAAUUAUGUUAAUUAUAAAGUUUAAAUAGGACAAUUUAUUAUUUAAUUUAAAUAAAAAGUGGAAUAUUUAAUUUAAACCCGAUGAGAAUUGUGACAUCCACAAACAAAAGUUAAAUAAUAAAAAAAAAGAACUAAAAAAUGUA